AUGUCAAAUGGCUCGGACACAUUUGCAGAGCUACAGCAGCUCGCGCAAGAUCAAGGAGAUCUGAAGAAGCAACUUGCGAUCAUUCGCAUUAGCGAGCCUAUCUCCGAUGUUGGCGACUUGAUCGCCUCGCCUUCGAAACGAGGCUCCGACGUUUCUUUAUCCAACUUCAAUGAUCCGACACCCGCAGUCCUCGAAGCCGAUCUAACACACUACAAGGAACUCUUCUCCAAACUUCGAUUCUCCUACCUUGAGCAGGUUACCAAAGAAAAGUUCCUCCGCGCAAUCGUCGGGGACCCGCCCCUCGUCGUCGGACACAAUGAGAACGUGGAGAUGGAAACGCAAUUGGCGGACGUGAAAGCAGAAUUGAAGUCCCGAAAAGAAGAAGCACGUCUGAUGAUCGAAGAGAUGGAGAAGAUCGGGCGCGACCUAGCCAGCCGCUACAAGAACGUCGAAGUCCAAUUGACGCAGCUUUCGUCUCUUCCCGAGUCCAUCGAGAAUCUCGAGUCCACAAUUGCGGGUCUUAAAGCGAAGCAGGUAGCCGGCAUGGACACUUCGGAUCCUCGGUCUUCACAAAAUCUCCCGCUCCCAGCGACUGUAUCACUGUUGGCUGAACGAGAGGCAAAGCUGGCGGCAUUGAAUCGCCAAAUUGCCGCUGUCCAAAGUACGUUGCCACGCAAGACACGAGAAGCGGAAGCUAUUGAAAGGGAAUGUAGCGUGCUUGAGCGACGGAAAGCAGAAGCCAUUGCCCAGGCACAGGAGGCGCAGCGGAAGAAGCAACAGGGUGAGAGUGAUGGCCUGGAAGAGAUGGGACGGUGGUAUAGAGGGGCAGAAGAGACACUUAAGGAGAUGGUGGGGGUGUAA